AUGCUGGAGUCGUGGGCGAGGGCAUCCAUGCUUAUCCGCCUGAACACCCUAGCCGGCGGUGCGUCGGGCAUCCGGCUUGAGAUCGCGGAAUCUCUGAUGAACCUUCUGAACAAGGACGUUGUACCGCGUAUCCCCGUCCGUGGGAGCAUCUCGGCCUCGGGAGACCUCAGCGCGCUCGUGUGGAUCGGCGCCCUGAUGCAAGGCAAGCCAUCCGCUACGGCCUUUAGCGGCUCACGAGAUGUCGAGGGAGCUAGAAGAGUGAUGAGGGCUGAUGUUGCCCUGUCGGAAGCUGGCAUAGCGCCCAUCAGCCUGCACGCCAAGGAGGGCCUCGCCAUCGUCAACGGCACGGCCGUGUUGGCCGGGGUGGCGGCUCUUGCGGCGCAUGAGUCCCUCCAUCUCGCGGCGCUGUCGCAGGUGCUGACGGCCAUGAGUGUGGAGGCCCUACGGGGCAGCGAUGAGAGCUUCGAGCCCUUCAUCGCGCGGGUGCGGCCGCACCCCGGGCAGGUGGACAGCGCGCGGAACAUCAAGGCGUUCUUGACCGGGUCACAGCUGCUCAACCGGCACGACAGCCGGAAGGUGGCGACACUGCGUCAAGAUUGCUACUUGCUGCGCACGGCCAGCCAGUGGAUCGGCCCCGUGCUGGAGGACUUUGGCUUGGUGUAUGACCAGCUGACGGUCGAGCUCAACUCGGUGACGGACAACCCGCUGGUUGACACGGAGACGGGCCGCGUGCUCCAUGGUGGUAACUUUCAGGCGCGCGCCGUCACGUCGGCGGCCGAGAAGCUGCGCCAGGGCCUCCAGAGUAUCGGCUGCAUGCUCUUCACCCAGUGCACUGAGAUGAUCAACCCGGCUACCAGCUGGGGCCUGCCUUCCAAUCUGUGCUCCGACGACGCCAACGACUCGUUCCUGUUCAAGGGGCUUGAUGUCGUCAUUGCCGCCCUGACUUCGGAGCUGGGCUUCCUGGCCAACCCCGUCGGGUCGCACGUCCAGACGGCUGAGAUGGGCAACCAGGCCCUCAACUCCCUGGCGCUCGUGUCGGCACGGUACACGCUCGAGGCCGUGGACGUGCUGUCCCAGAUCGCCUCGGCGCACCUUCUGGCGGUGUGUCAAGCCCUCGACCUUCGCACCAUAGAGAUUGAGGGCCGGAAUGACGACGCCCUGCCUGACGCGACGCUGUACAUCGGCCAGGCCUCGCGGCGCAUGUACUGUUUCAUUUAG